CUUGACAGUUCUCCAGGCAUUAGAGGAUGGACUGAAGAGAGCAGAUGCAGAUCCUUCCGUGAAAGCUGUUAUGAUUUGUGGCGAAAAUGGGAAAUUCAGUGCAGGAGCUGACAUUCGAGGAUUUUCUUCUCCGAAGAGACAGGGUACUGGCUUGGGCUCCAUCAUCUCUCUCAUAGAAAGGAGUGAGAAGCCUGUGGUGGCUGCUAUUGAAGGCAUUGCCUUGGGAGGAGGCCUGGAGGUGGCACUUGGCUGUCACUAUCGUAUUGCACAUGUGAAGGCACAGAUGGGUUUACCAGAGGUCACCAUUGGGUUACUUCCAGGUGCUGAAGGCACUCAGCGACUACCCAGACUGAUUGGGGUGCCAGCUGCUCUGGAUAUAAUCACUACAGGAAGACACAUUCCAGCAACUGAAGCACUGAAGCUGGGCUUGGUUGAUGAAGUUGUGGAAGAAAACACAGUUGAGGCAGCAAUUCACUUGGCAAACAAAGUGAUUGGCCAGCCACUGGGACCCCGCAGGCUCAGCCUGAAGCCAGUUCCAAAACUGCCCAACAUGGAAGCAUUUCUCAGUGAGGCUUUUGCGAAGGUGAAGAAACAGGCCCAUGGGUGCCUAGCUCCAGAGCUGUGCUUCCAGGCAGUCAAAGCCACGACAGAGCAGCCCUUCGCAGUUGGAGUCCAGAAGGAGCGAGAGCUGUUUAAUGUCCUGCUGACUUCAGGCCAGGCCCAAGCACUGCAAUACGCUUUCUUCGCAGAGAGAGCCGUGCAGAAGUGGACAACACCCAGUGGAGCUUCAUGGAAAAGUGCUUCCCCUCAGCCCAUCCACAAAGCAGCUGUGAUAGGGCUGGGAACAAUGGGCCGAGGCAUUGUGACUUCUCUGGUUAAGGCCAACAUAGCUGUGGUAGCCCUCGAGCAGAAUCUGGAGUAUCUGAACACGGGAAGAAAAGCAGUGAUGCUCCUUUUGGAACGCGAGGCUAUGAAAAUGGAGCAGGGUGCUCAAACCCUGGAUUUCCAUAACCCUGCACGUCUCCAGUUCACUGUGGACUUUGAUGUGUUGCGGGACGUAGAUCUAGUUAUUGAGGCUGUGUUUGAGAACAUGGCACUAAAGAAGGAAAUAUUCCACAAGCUAUCAAGAAUCUGCAAGCCAGGGGCCUUUCUGUGUACAAACACAUCAGCCCUGAAUAUUGAUGAAAUAGCUUCUGCCACGAGCCGCCCACAGCAGGUCAUUGGCACGCACUUCUUCUCCCCUGCUCAUGUGAUGAGGCUAUUAGAAAUAAUCUAUGGCCAUCACACAUCCCCCACCGCCAUUGCCACUGCUAUGCAGCUAGCCAAAGCACUGAAAAAAGUUGGAGUGGUGGUAGGGAAUUGUUUUGGGUUUGUUGGGAACCGAAUGAUGUUUCCAUACGUUCAACAGGCAGUUUUCCUUUUAGAGGAAGGAAGCAGACCAGAAGCCGUAGAUCAGGUUCUUGAAGAUUUUGGGUUUAAGAUAGGACCUUUCCGAAUGUCUGAUCUUGCUGGGCUGGAUGUGGGCUGGAGGUCUCGAAAGGGCCAGGGCCUCACCGGGGCCUCACUACCUCCAGGAACACCUGCUCGCCAGCGGCAUGGCCAUCGCUACAGCCCGCUGCCAGACCUUCUGUGUGAGAAUGGCAGGUUUGGCCAGAAAACUGGAAAAGGCUGGUAUCAGUACGAGAAGGCUGGGGGCCGGACGGCCAAGCCAGAUCCAUGGCUUCACAACUUCCUGGCCCAGUACAGAGACACCCAUCACAUCAAGACCCGCUUUAUAGACCAGGAGGAAAUCCUGGAGCGGUGUUUGUUUCCCCUCAUCAAUGAAGGGUUUGACAUCCUGGCUGAGGGAAUAGCAUCUGGCCCAGAACACCUGGAUGUAAUUUAUAUCAAUGGCUAUGGGUGGCCAAAGCACAGGGGUGGCCCCAUGUUCUAUGCUUCCACUGUCGGGCUCCCUCGUGUUCUGGAUAAACUGCAGAAAUACUCUGAGGCCCACCCUGAUGUUCCCGGGCUACGGCCCAGUGCCUUUCUGAAAAAGCUGGUAGCUAUGGGGAACCCUGCCCUCAAAGAGUGGAUGUCCUACCUAAGCCGGCAGAGCAACAAGCUGUGAUUUCGUUGAUGCCUGCUAUAUAAAUUCAAUGGAGGCAGAUCUCAUGAAACAGGUGCUGUAAUUGCACUGUCUUUUCCAAUCAAAACCAAAGUGCUACAGGCUCAUAAACAAUGUUACUGACCUUCCUGGGCCUUUGCAGAGAAUAACUUUGGCCGAUGAUUGAUCUCAAUCUCCCUCUUGCUGCAG